AUGACAACGGAGUCCUUGGGAAAUCAAGCAGAAGCAGUAGAAGGGUCGUCGACGGUCCUGGUGUCCCAAGCCCCUGGUGAUGAUUUGACGCAGAAUCCGCUAGGCAACUGUAUACCCAAAACCAACUCCAUUCAUUCCAUGCCAUCAUUUUCGCUAUAUGACGAGAGCCGUGAGAUAGACGCAGUGGAUAGAGAAAGUGAGAAAACAGUGGUCGCAGAGCCGGAGGAUAUCGAACGCCAAGAAGGGCGUGACCGCGGCUUUCUUAUUAGCACAGUGGCUGCUGUGGCGCUUGUUAUAUCUGUCGGCGUGAUUGCAGUGGGUCUUGCUGGCUUCCUUCCAGGGCACCUCAUUGGUUUUAGAUACGUCUCAGGCACCGCGGAGCUUAUCCAGAUGGAGGCUGUGAGGGGUGUUAUAAUUAUUAUGCGGUCAACUAUAUUACAACUCCCCGAUUUUGCUCAUACGGUAACUGCAAACUAUAUGCGAAAUCAGACCUCCGCCUAUACUGUGGAUGCAUUCCCCAAGGACUCCCAAUCUCUCUUGUAUUCACUUUUGAGCGUCCUCUCGACGUUCAGUGAUACAAUUUCCUUCUUUAAAUUUUUGUAUAAGGGAAACCUCUACGGUGUUGCAACAGAACCGCUCUGGGUAAACCAACCAGAACCAGUGGGUCUGCUUGGCGGACACGAGGAUGAAAUUGCCUCUGCUCCUGUGUUGAUGUAUGAUCCGUCAACGUUGGUUACUCUAUCGUCUGAGCCUUUGGGCUACUGGAACAUCUCUUCAGACCUCACUCGACCAAACGGAACGUUUGAGAUGAUUGUGACCCCUUGGGAAGAGAACGGCAGUACGAAACGUUGGCUUCCGGAGGAAAUUACUCGUACAGGCUUGUACUUUAACUUCGUGAUACCAUUCCGUAUUAAUAACGCUUCUGGAAACUGUGAGGUUGGCAUGCGAACCCGUCGUAUUCUACAGGAAUCACAGCCGCUCAUAGCAGCUUUGCGUGAGCAUGGACGUGUGAUGCUCUUUGACGACACACUGGACGUCGUGAUUCUGAACAGUUGGGGAGAAAAUACGACGUGGUGGAUUGGAAACGAGUCCAAAUGGUUGAACUUUGACUACCUAAGACUUGGGGAUAUAAAGGAUCCCCUUGCAGCUGACCUUGUACAUCAUAUCAAAUCCAAUAAAGAUAGGCUCGAUGACCUCAUAAACACCACAGCCGAAAUGAGUUUCCCAUUCGAAAAAAGUAACGUGAGGGCCAGUGUUGCCCGCGUCACUGAUAAAAAUGGUUUGAAUAUCAUGUUGUCAGUGGCCGUUCUGCGUUCAGAUUUCUUUUCGGGAAUUGUUCGAGCACGUGCCAUUGUACUCAUUGUGGUAGUUGGAAUUGUUGUUUUCUCAGCCAUCAUCGCCUUCAUAGGGUCCUGUUACCUGGCGAGACCCUUGACGCAUCUCGUCACAGCGCUAAAACGUGCGUCUAAUUUGGAAUUGUCAACGGACGACGGCAAAAUGAUGAGUCGAUCACGAAUAUUGGAGGUUGAAGAGAUACAGGCAGACUAUGUGAAACUUCUACGUCAGCUGCGGGUUCUUCGGAAGUUCGUACCCGAAGCCAUACUGGCCCUCGUUGAUUCCGCUUCCGAAGGGACGUCAAACACUUCUGUGGCGAUUGGUGAGAAUUUAACCGAUCCCGCAGAAUUGCUUCUCAACAACGACAGGACCUCUCCGCAGAAUAUGGGAAAUGCCAUCAAUAUAAAGCGCGAUGUCAGACUUAACAGUGGCAUCUUCAGGGAACAACUCAACAUGUUUACCCCCAAGCACUGCAGCGUCGUGGCCAUUGAGAUUCAUGCACCACAGCUCAGCGACGAUUCAAGGUAUAUGAGCAUAUUGGCUGCUACUGCUACUGAGCAAUCUGGCUGCAUUGAGUUACUUGGACCGGAAAAGAGUAUUGUGAGUUUCGGCGCACACGCAACCCUUCCGAUGCAUUCGACUAAAGGCUGCCGCUUUGCAUUUGAUCUUUUGGCCAAACUCACUCCAAAAGAGCAAGAAUAUGUUACUAUUCUGGUGGAGUCCAAUGAAUUUUUGGUGGGGACGUGCGGCGCUCUUGGACGAAAUGCGCGUGUUCUAUUUGGCACCGAAUAUCUAUUCGAACUAACGAAGGCUAUGAGUGGGACACAUUGUCACAUCGCGGCUACUUCUGGCAUAGCUUCCAACCUCCAAGUCUUUCAAGCGUUUCCAGUUGAUUGUGUCCUCAUGCCGUGCUCGACAUUACCAGUUGUGUUGUUUGAGUUGCGAUUACUGAGGAUGCACGGGGAAAAUACACCAGCCGCAGCAAAGCAUUUUCGACUUGGUUUCGCAGCUAUGCGUCAAGGAUGCUACAAGCAAGCUAUGGCGCACUACCAGCGUGUGGGAAAGUCUGACCCUCAGGCCCAACGACUUGUUCGAUUAUGCUCACAGAGGUGUGCUGCAAACGAUUCAAGUAGUUACGUUCGACUAGCAAGAGAACUCUUAGAGGAAAAUUUGCCUGAUGUGAGUGUUGCCGUAGCGGACGAUAAUGUUCCAAAUUUAGGUCCAAUUUCUUCGGAAGAUACCUUACUCGAGAUUCCUACAAAAAAUAACGAGGCUGUGGUAGGAAGGAAACCAAGUUCUCCAUCAAACAUUCUUUCGAUAAGUAGUGGUGCAUUGUUUGAAAUGCUGGAAAUAACCUCUUCCGCAGAGUCAGACCCUCUCCAGCCAUGUGAUGAUGGCUGCACCGGUGCAGAUGAUGUACCCCUAUUUCUGCCGGACAUGAACCAGAGAGUGUGGACCCGUUCCCUGA